AUGUCAAAGAACCACGAUCAUCUGAAACAACGACUUCUGCGCUUCAAGGAGGACCUGACGCCGGAGGACCGCGAAAAACGAAAUCGUUUCUCCGAGGAGCGGGGGCUGAAUGAACAACUUCUGGAGAAAGAGUGGGAGCAGAACCAAAACACGCGGCUUGUGCUGAAACUUUUGGGAAGAGCGUGCGGACGGACCAGCUCCAAGUGCGCGGCUGCAGCUUCGUCCACCGUGCGUCAUACCAAACUCCCCCAACCCCCCCUGCCCCCCUGCCCCCCUGCGGACAUGGCACCUGUCUGGACCCGGGCUCUGGCGCUCACCGUGGCGUUAGCGCUUCUACAAACAGCGACGUCCGCAAGCAUCAACGACACGAUAUUUGUGGUCACUGUGAGCUCUCAGGUCAAAGCGGCCGCUCCACAGACGUUGUGUGCACAGGUCCAUAGGCCUUCAGAGCGUGUUGUCCUGACUGUGGCUCUGGAGCUGGAGUCCGGCAGCAGCACUCUGCUGGAGGAGAACACUGAAGAGGACUUCUACCGCUGUAUCACCUUUCAGGCCCCAGUGGUUCUCAAGAGAACAGUAGCAUCCAUUAACGCGACGCUUCAGGGCGAGAGCGGCGCGUUGAGCAAAAAAGUCAAAAUACUGAUAGAACCUGCGACUUUCAUUCACAUCAUUCAGACGGACAAACCCAUCUACAAACCAGGCCAGACCGUCAAAUUCCGGCUGACCUCCAUGGACAUCGACUUCAUUCCUGUGCAGAGAGUGUAUAAAGUCAUCGAGCUCGAGGACCCCAGCACAAACCGCAUUGCUCAGUGGUUAGAUAAGAGCGUCGAUGGAGGCAUCCUGGACCUUUCACACCCGAUCAUCCCAGAGGCCGCACAGGGCACUUACACCAUCACUGCCACCACUGAGCAGGGGGAGCAAGUGCAGCACAACUUUGACAUCAAGGAAUACGUUUUGCCUAAAUAUGAGGUGAAAGCCCAGCUGCCAAAUGUGAUCUCCAUAUUGGACACAGAAGCCAACUUUAAAGUCUGUGGAAAGUACACUUAUGGAAAGCCCGUGGUUGGCUCGGUCAAAGCUGCGUUCUGUCGGAGAGCGUUUCGAGGAUACUGGUACAGCGGCAACAACCAGGAUGUGUGCAAAAACUUCCAACUCACAACAGACAAAAGCGGCUGCACUUUUGGAACUGUGGACCUGUCAGAGUUCUACCUCAACAAGAGCGGAUAUCAUGACAGCUUUCAUCUCGAGGCAGAGUUGCAGGAGUUUGGCACUGGGGUGACCCUAAAAGGCAGCGCUCGAACCAGCUUUACCAAUGACAUCAGAACCGUCACUUUUGAGGAUGUGCCAGAGUCAUACAAACCUGGUAUUACCUUUGAAGGGAAGGUCAAAGUGGUCGGCCCUGACUCUAAACCUGUUGCAAAUGAGAAAGUGUAUCUCACUGCAAGUAAAUCUCCAGAAAACCACACGCUCAUCACAGACAACAAAGGAAUGGCCUCCUUCUCCCUGGACACCUCCCUGUGGAAAGACUCUGUCACUGUCUUUGCCUCAUCUUUGGAGCCAGGGAAGAGGGAUACUUACGUCCACAACGUGCGAACCCCAGAAUAUCGCUCUGCUGUCCGCGUGGUCUCAGCCUUUUACUCUAAAAGCAGCAGUUUUCUGAAAAUAAAGCAAAAUGAAGGCAAGUUUCGCUGCAACAAAGAGGCCACAGUUCAAGCUGAGUACAUCAUCCAAGGAAAGGAGCUGAAGGAGGGACAGGAGACGCUGGACUUCUUCUACCUGGUGAUGUCCAAAGGCUCCAUUCUCCAGCAUGAUCGUAUAACUGAGGCUGUUAAAAAGGAUAUGGUGAACAAAGGCGUACUGAGUGUUCCUCUGCGGGACGUGGUCAAGUUGGCUCCUGUGGCGCAGGUGCUGGUGUACGCGGUGAUGCCCAACGGAGAAGCUGUGGCCGACAGCAAGGACUUCCCUGUUCAGCUCUGCCUCAGUAAUAAGGUUUCUCUGAAGUUUGCGUCACUCCAGCAGCUGCCCGCAGAGCAGACCACCCUAACGCUGCAGGCUCAGCCCAACUCCCUGUGCUCCGUGAGGGCCAUUGACCAGAGCGUCCUCCUGCUCAAGUCUGGAGUGGAGCUCAGUGUGGAUUAUGUGUACGAGCAGCUGCCAUUUCAGAAGCUCUCUGGGUAUCCUUACCAAGUGGAGGACCAUGAGCCGUACCCCUGCUUUCCCAUCCCCAUCCCAGAGGUGCUAGAGGGCCCGGAGCUGGAGGUGGAGGUGGAAGCCGGCAGCCGCAAAAAACGCUCCAUGUAUUUUGAACCUGCUCAUCACAAGGACGAUGUCUUUAGCGUCUUUAAAGAAAUAGGAAUCAAGAUUGUGACAAACUCGGAUGUAAAGAAACCGUUCGACUGCCGGAAUCGAAACGAUGACAUUUACUUUUAUGAUGUUCUAGAUUCUCCAGUCCCUAUGGCCUUUAACACCAUGAGUACCGAGACUCUCACAAAAGAAGAGCAAAAGAAGGAGACUGUCAGGACUUUCUUCCCAGAAACCUGGAUCUGGGACCUGGUGUCUGUGGGACCCAGUGGCUCAGUGAAUGUGGAGAAGACGGUCCCGGACAGCAUCACUAAAUGGGCCGCGGGGGCCUUCUGCGUCUCCUCAGUGGGACUGGGCAUCGCCCCUAACCAGGCCCUUACCGUCUUCCAGCCGUUCUUCGUCAGCCUCACGUUGCCCUACUCCGUCAUCAGAGGAGAAGUGUUCACGCUCAAGGCCUCUGUCUUCAACUACCUCUCCAAGUGCAUCAUGGUGAAGGUUACUCUGGCUGAAUCCGAGCAGUUCACCUUUAAACCAUGUGACAACUGCGAGUACACCGUGUGUCUGUGCGGAGAGGAGAGCUCCACCUUCUCCUGGGUUGUCACGCCAACCACUCUGGGUGACGUGAGCAUCAGGGUCAGUGCAGAAGCCCUUAAAACUGACCUCCUGUGUGGGAACGAGGUGGCCUCUGUGCCGGAGCGUGGACAGAUCGACACUGUGGUUCGCACUCUGCUGGUGCAGGCUGAAGGAACUCCUCAGAUGGUGAGCCACAAUGCACUGCUGUGUCCUGCGGAGGGUCCAGUGGAGAAGAAAAUCUCUCUCCUGAUGCCUGAGAUGUUUGUGGCUGGAUCGGCCAGAGCCACGGUCUCUGUUCUGGGUGAUCUGAUGGGCAGAGCUAUGAAGAACCUGGACAAGCUGCUGGCCAUGCCGUACGGCUGUGGGGAGCAGAACAUGGUGCUGUUUGCUCCAAACAUUUUCAUCCUGAACUAUCUGAAGAGCACGAGCCAGCUCAGCAAAGACAUCCUGGACAGAGCCACGCAGUUCCUUCAGUCAGGAUAUCAGAGGGAGCUCACCUACAAACAUGAUGACGGUUCUUACAGCGCGUUUGGGAAGUCUGACGAGUCCGGAAACACAUGGCUGACCACUUUUGUGAUGAAAUCCUUCGGAGGAGCGCGGCCGUACAUUUUCGUCCAGCCGGAGCACAUCGCUACAGCCAAGAAGUGGCUCUCGCGUCACCAGCGUCCGGGCGGCUGCAUCGCGUCUGUGGGAAAACUCUUCCACAACGGCAUGAAGGGGGGAGUCAGUGAUGACGUGUCCCUCACGGCUUACAUCACCGCUGCACUUCUGGAGCUGGAGACAAAUGUGACGGAGCCGCUGCUGCAGAAGUGCCUGGCCUGCCUCCAGGGGGCGCUCACGGUGCAGAUGGAGAACCUCUACACCACAGCACUGUUGUCCUACACCUUCAGUCUGGCAGGAGACCAGGACACCAGGAGCAAACUCCUCUCACACCUGCACCAGCGAUCCAAGAUGGAGGGUGGGACGCGGUACUGGGACCGGCCCGGAGCGGCGGGGAAAGGCUUGGACUCUCUGGAGGUAGAAACAACAUCUUACGUUCUGUUAGCGCUGCUCUCUGGACCCGCGCUGCCGGACUUUGGCCUGGACUACGCUUCAGGGAUCGUGCGCUGGCUCGCGCAGCAACAAAACCCAUACGGUGGAUUCUCUUCCACACAGGACACCGUGGUGGCUCUCCAAGCACUGUCCAAGUAUGCCGCUGCCACCUACAGCGAGCAGGGCAGUACUGCAGUGAAGGUCACGUCUCUGGGCGGGCUGAGCACAGACUUCACCGUGGAUCAGUCCAAUCGCCUUCUGUACCAGGAGGAGAACCUGCCCGAGGUCCCAGGAGAGUACACCGUGAGGGCAGAGGGCCAGGGCUGCGUCUUGGCUCAGAUCUCGAUGCACUACAACAUCCCUCCUCCCCCGGAUUUCUCUGCAUUCAACAUUUCCACUUCCACCAUGUCCAAAUGUAACGUCAGCCGACCACAGCUCAUCAUCUUUGUGAAUGUCAGAUAUCAGGGCCGCAGGGAGGAAACCAACAUGGUCAUAAUCAACAUCAAACUCUUGUCUGGAUACGUCCUGGAUAAGAGCUCGUUGGACAUGAUGAAGGGCGACCAGUCCGUGAAGAGAGUGGAUGUGGAUGAUGGAUUUGUCAACAUCUACUUAGACGGGCUGAAACAGGACAAGAUGCGUAUUUACAGUGUGACGAUUGAGCAGGACCAGGCCGUCAGGAACCUCAAACCUGCUGUGGUCAAAGUCUACGAUUACUACCAGACGAGUGAUGAAGCAGUCACUGAAUACACGUCCCCUUGUGCAGAAAGUGACAAAGUGAAUGAAUUGUAA